AUGUCAGACUCCGAUUCCGAUCAGGCCGGUGUGCCUCUGAUAGAGAAUCUCUCACCCUCUCCAGAACCGCAAAAGAAGCGCAAGCGCAACGCCGAAGACGAAGCCGAAGAACCUGCCAAAACCGCAAAGAAGCCCAAGAAGAAGCGGCCCAAAAAGCCAAAGGACAUUGACGAUGAGGCUUUGGACAGCAAACUGGGCGUAAACCAUGCGAUUGGUCAUAUGGAUAGCCAAUUACUGGCCGAUCAUAUCGCGCAACGGACGAGAAGAUUUCAGCCAGAUUUGACAGAGGUUGAGGCUGAGGAUGCUCGGAUAUCUGAAAAGCACAUUCGCGAUACUACAGAAUGGACGGCACCGCGGACUACGGAUUCCCUUCCGGAAUUCCUCGAGAAAUUCGCUGCACCGCGAAGGAAGAAGCGGGGUGAAAAAGGCAGGACGCUGAGCGAUGCUCCAAAAGUGAAUGGAUCGCCGCAUACGCUCAUCAUUGCUGGCGCCGGACUGAGGGCGGCAGACCUGACGAGGGUGUUGAGAGUGUUCCAGACCAAGGAGAGCAUGGUACAGAAGCUUUUCGCCAAGCAUAUUAAACUGAAGGAGGCCAUAGUGGAGGUCAAGGGAACGCGGAUGGGAGUGGGAGUGGGCACACCGCAACGGAUAUACGACCUGUUAGAAGACGGCGCGUUGGCUUCCAAAACGCUGGAGAGGAUUGUUGUGGAUGCUUCGCACAUCGAUCAGAAGAAGCGCGGCAUUCUAGACAUGAAGGAGACGGUGGUACCACUCGCCCAACUCCUUGCCAGGCCAGAUCUCAAGGAGCGGUACGGGAGCGGAGAGGGCGAGAUCGAGCUGUUGUUCUUUUGA